AUGGCACUUGCCUUGGGUCUUGGAUCACUUUUUAAUCAUCAUCCCAGCUCAGCAAAUGUGUCAUUCGAGCUUGACAAGUCGACUCGCUCGAUCCGUUAUCGAACUGUUCGACAAAUUUCUACUGGUGAAGAACUUUGCAUAUGCUACGGUAGUGGCAAGAUGUGGUGGGAAGGACCUGAUGAAGAGCGUCCUUCAACGCCUGUGUCUGAGACACAUGAAGUCUCUCUAUUUGGACAGAUAGGCUUGGAAGAUGACGAGCACGAGCCCGCGACUACAUCCUCAACUGCGUCACAGACACCAUCAUCGCGUGUGCUUUCGAAUUCGCAUUCCAAAGCCCCAGUGCUUGAUGCCUCGUAUAAGGCACCACUCUGGCGCAUAACGUCGUCACCAGACCCUAAAACUAUGCAGCUUCAUACGACGCGUGCCUGGGCGAUGGAUAUCCCCCCAAGAGCUUGCUCGCCAGCUGCCCAAAUACUAAAAAGACUUGUGAAAAAUGGUUCCUUACGAGCCGGUGAUGUUCACCCUAAGUACUCGAUCCGAUACUUGCGUAGCUUUCGCAAGGCAAAGGAUGUGUUGAAGCUUCCUCAGGAAAAAUAUGAUGCCGAUUCAAUGGAUCUAUCCUUGCUCCUGUGCCUCGAAGACGCACACUCAUCAAAGGAUCUCACCCUUCUCCUGGAAAAUGCCUUUGGUUCUCUGCAUAUUCCUAUAAGGUUAUACCUAGUGCGGGUCCCCACAGGCCCUGCACCUAGUCCAGAGCGCUUGAGCGAAUGGUCGGCCAUAUGGCCGUGUGUUUUCUUGCCGCCUGGCGCUGGUAUCCCAGCAAAAGAUGGUGUACCUGGGAGUGAUGCUGCUCGUGCGAUGGUUCCUGUUGAUCGACAGGCAGAUGCUCAACUGUGGUCUGAUGAAUCGCUAGUUGACCGUGUUCGACAUGCAUUCCGUCGGUGCAUUGCCACAGCGCAGCAAGCACGUGCGGCUGGCGAGUUGGGUAUCGGCGUUUUUGUCACGAACAUGGAACAAGAUGGUUCCAUUGCUAUUUCAGUUGAUGCGCAUGACACACGAAUUCGUGACGCACACCCACUGCGACAUGCUGUUUUGAAUGCCGUCCGCCGAGUUGCUCACAUCCGCUCACAGUCUCGCUCUUCGACGAAUGAGGAGGCGGAAAAUGGUCAAGACUAUUUGCUCACGGGUCUUACAAUGUUUAUUACGCAUGAGCCAUGCGUUUAUUGUGCAAUGGCGCUGAUCCAUUCGCGGGUGCGGUCCGUUUUUUUCCUGUUUCCAUCACCACGUUCCGGCGGAUUCUGCGGAGCUCAGUCCAAUGCCAGCGAUAUAUGUGACGGCGGGCAAGACGGAGGGCCUUUUUGUAUUCAUGAACAAAGUGGCUUAAAUCAUAAGUACGAAGUAUGGCGCUGGAUCAAUCCGGCAGAGCUGGUUCACGUUCAAAUCGACAUGCACAUGUCUGUCGACAUAUAG